AUGACUUCUCGACUAACGACCUCGACACAUGGACCAGAUUACGCAUAUUGUGGAGAUCCAAGACACACUCGUGAAACUUGUUUUAAAUUGCACGGCUACCCCGAUUGGUGGGCUACUCUUAAAGAUCGAAGACAAUGCAAUACGGCUAGUAAUGGUACUAGUUAUGGAUUCCAUACUUCCGAUAAGAUUGAUUCCAGGAGCUGGAUAAUUGAUUCUGGUGCAACUGAUCAUAUAACGUUUGAUCCUGAUAAUUUUCUGAAUACUACACAACCUCGACAAACCUGUAUUGAAAAUGUCAAUGGCGUUACUUAUCCUGUGACGGGGGCUGGCACUGUUGCACUCUCAUCCUCUCUCACACUGAUAUUCACACUAAGGAGAUUCUUGGUAGUGGUACUAAGAGAGGGGGGGCUAUAUCAUGUCGAUGACUUCAGUCCCGGCGUGGCUAACAGUGUGACGCAUCCCUUUGAUAGCAAACAAAAGCAAAUAUGGUUAUGGCACCGUCGAUUGGGACAUCCGUAUCUUAUACCAUAUUUAUUCUCAGGUUUCAAGGACUCUGACUUCACAUGUGAUACUUGUAUUUUAGCCAAAAGUCACCGUGUGCUCUACCUGUUGAGUACGAACAAAUAUACUACUCCAUUUAUGUUAAUUCACUCUUAUGUCUGGGGACCUUCCCUUAUCACUGCUCCUUCUGGUGUUCGAUGGUUUGUCACAUUCAUAGAUGAUUGUACACGAAUGACAUGGCUUUAUUUGCUAAAGAAUAAAAACGAAGUGUUUUCCCGUUUUCAGUCCUUCCACAAACAGAUGAAAACUCAGUUUAAUGCUCAAAUCCAGAUUCUUCGCUCAGACAAUGGUGGAGAACUUGUCAAUCAUGACUUUCAGACUUACUUCCAACAACAUGGAAUUAUCCAUGAGACGACUUGUCCUCAGACACCGCAACAAAAUGAUGUUGCUGAACAAAAGAAUCGACAUCUUCUUGAAACCGCCCGAGCACUUUUGAUUGGCACUCAUAUUCCUCGCCAUCACUGGGAUGAUGUUGUUGUCACCGCAGUUCACCUGAUCAACCGCAUGCCUUCUGGUGUAUUAACCUUUAAAACUCUCUUACAGGUGCUUGCGCAAUACAGACCUCUGCCCUCUAUUUUGGUACUCACGCCCCGAAUCUUUGGAUAUGUGGCUUUCGUUCAUCUCCACAAAAGUCAACGUAGGAAACUUGAUCCCUGUGCGCUUCGUUGUGUUUUUAUGGGUUAUGCAACUCAUCAGAAACGCUACCGCUUUUAUCACCCUCCUACCCGACGUACCUAUAUCACUUUGGAUGUUACCUUUCUGGAAUUUGAGCUGUUCUUCCAUGACCCAUUAUCCAAUUCUACGCUUCAGGGGAGAUACGAAGUGAAGAGUAAAAUUGGAGCAACUUGGAAAACGAAGAAAUUCUGCUCUGUACAGAAAUUAUCGAUCUUCUCUAGUCUGGAGCACGAGAUUACUCACUACCGAAAAGCAAUCAAUCGGCCAUUCAUAACAAUCAAUUGCCUGACCCAUCUGAUCCAUAUGAAGAUAUUUCUUAUCUGA